AUGGCAUCAUUGGCUCAGCAAUUUGCAGGCCUGAGAUGCCCACCAAUAUCAACUUCAAGACUAACGGAAAGAGCAGCAACAUUUUCAAAGGCAAAAAGGGCUGUUAACUUUGUUUUAACAGCAAAAGCGGUGGCAGUAUCAAAUGCACAGACCAAAGAGAGGCAGAAACUUAAACUACUCUUUGAAGAAGCUUACGAACGGUGUCGUACUGCUCCUAUGGAAGGAGUUUCUUUUACUCUUGAAGAUUUUCAUGCUGCUCUUGAUACUUAUGACUUCAAUUCUGAGAUUGGCACCAGAGUUAAAGGGACAGUUUUUAUGACUGAUAACAAUGGGGCAUUAGUUGACAUUACUGCAAAAUCUUCCGCAUAUUUACCGGUGCAAGAGGCAAGCAUUCACAGAAUAAAACGCGUGGAAGAGGCUGGUAUAGUUCCUGGGAUGAGAGAGGAGUUUGUAAUCAUUGGUGAAAAUGAAGUUGAUGAUAGCUUAAUCUUGAGCUUAAGGUCAAUCCAGUAUGAACUUGCCUGGGAAAGGUGUAGGCAGCUUCAAGCUGAGGAUGUCAUUGUGAAGGGUAAGGUUGUUGGUGGAAACAAAGGAGGAUUAGUUGCAGUUGUUGAAGGCCUUCGAGGAUUUGUCCCUUUCUCACAGAUAUCAUCGAAAUCAACUGCAGAAGAACUUCUUGAUAAAGAGCUUCCGUUGAAAUUUGUUGAUGUUGAUGAGGAGCAGUCUAGACUUGUCCUCAGUAACCGCAAGGCCAUGGCUGACAGUCAGGCACAGCUUGGUAUCGGAUCGGUUGUCACUGGAACUGUUCAGAGCCUCAAACCAUAUGGUGCCUUCAUUGAUAUUGGUGGAAUCAAUGGCCUUCUCCAUGUCAGUCAGAUUAGUCAUGAUCGUGUCUCUGAUAUUGCAACAGUUCUUCAACCUGGUGAUAUUCUUAAGGUCAUGAUUCUAAGCCAUGACCGUGAGAGAGGCCGAGUGAGUCUUUCUACCAAAAAAUUGGAGCCUACUCCGGGUGAUAUGAUUCGUAAUCCAAAGCUUGUCUUUGAAAAGGCUGAGGAGAUGGCCCAGACAUUCAGGCAGAGAAUUGCCCAGGCAGAGGCUAUGGCACGUGCUGACAUGCUGAGAUUCCAGCCUGAGAGUGGACUAACUCUCAGCUCGGAUGGGAUCUUGGGUCCGCUUAAUUCAGACUUACCUGCAGAAGGUUUAGACCUGAGUGAUGUCCCCCCUGCUGAUGAGUCUGACGGUACGCUGGAGGAAGAAUCUGAUUGA